GAAUUAGUAUAAUUUUGAACGUUAUCUCUUUAGGUUUCAACAUGUUUACAUACCGCAUUAUCUUCGUGUGUCUGUUAGCAUCGCUCUUAUCUGCGCAUAUCAAUGCAUUGAGGAUUGCAAUUCCACAAAAUCUGACUACUGUUGACGAGUCAUUAUUAACGGUUUGUCCAAAGCCUUGCUUCUUGAGUAUUCGCUGCAAUAUAUACGCUAAUGCAACACCAAUUUGGGUUCAAGUAGAUGGCAUUUGCAGACCAAUACUAAAUAGAUGUGUCUUCAUAACCGAUCAGUGCCAACGUCAAAAUGAUUGUUUACCUGAAAUGGUGGAAACAGUUCAGGAUGUUUGUCAACAAAAUUGUGUCACAACAUGUGACAAUGCCGGUAACAUACCAGUCUGUGCCUUUAUAUCUUAUCCUUUAAGCAAUGGACAAACGAGUCAGGUUAGUUUAACCUUCCCCAACCAAUGUGAACUAGACAAGUGGUCCUGUGCUACUGAAACAGCAUAUUUGAAUUCCCGUGUGGGUACCUGUACUUAAAUAAAAACUACAU